AUGGACCGCAAGAAAGAUGCAGACACGCUGCUGGACCGGCACAACAAGGCCAUGGCCGCAAUCCUGCGCCGCUUCCUCAACAUGACCAAGGCCGCCACGGCGCCGAUCCCCAAGGAGGGCGCGCUGGAUCACGAGGCGCUGAACCAGAUGCGCAUGGAGAACGAGACGGCAGCGCUGAUCACGGAGAUCCAGAACCUGCUGCAGAUCACACGCGAGAUCAAGGCGCUCUGGAUCAAGGGCCCGCUGCGCAAGCCGGGUGAGGACGCCGCGCAGCAGGCCGAACUGGACAGCAAGGCGCGCGUUGUGCAGGGUCUGUACAAUGAGCUGAUGGCAUCGCGCUUGGAGCGGCAGAAGGCUGAUGCCGAGGCACAGGCUCGCGCAGACAGUACCGCUGCGGAGAGCUGA